UCCCCAAAGAGCCGGACGGUGAGUUCUCACUGUAAGGAGUCGUUGACGAGUCGUCACGGUGGGAGUUCAUUGAAGCAAAAGGAUCCCUUCAUUAGCCCAAAUAUGUGACACAUUGGAGGACCAGGACAACACAAGUGACAAUGGACAAGCAGAGAGAUUUAAACCAGCUCAUUUCUGACCUGCAAUCCUUUCUUCUGGUGCUGGACCAAGAGCAUCUGAGCUACAUUGCACAAGCCAAGAAGAAGUCCAUCUCUGAAUUGCUGUCCAAACUUCAGGACCCAUCCUCGGAAGAUGCAGAAUACAUGAUAAUGAAUUGCCCUGCUGGUGCUGAUCAAAGUAAAUUUGCAGAAGCCCAGGCCACAUUGAUUGGGAGUCUACAGCUACCUGAGCGGCAGACUCUUAAAGACCCUUCCACUUCCUCAGAGUGGACUUCGCAGCUGAGCAAGCAAAACUACAUCACAUCAUUUGCAUCAGAAAGUUUUGAGGAUGACUGUUAUGAAGAAGCAGAACCGUUUGUUCCAGCGUCUCAGUCCACAGAAUGCCUCGAUUCUGACAGUAGCCACUAUGAAUCCUAUGGAGAGGAAGAAGAUGACGAUGUCAAGGACCGUGCUCAUUACAUCCAGUGGACUGCUUUACAAACAACUUUGAAGCCUGUGGCUGAGUCCCGCAUCUGUGGCUUUCUCUGGCGGAAGAAAUGGUUGGGGCAAUGGACCAAGCAGCUGUUUGUUAUCAGAAACCACUUGCUACUGUGUUACAAAUGUGCUAAAGACCUGCACCCUCUCCUGGAGCUCAGUCUGCGUGGCUGCCAGGUGACUUACAAGUCCAAACACAGUAAGAAGAUGCAGCAUGAGCUGAAGGUGGUGACUACCUCUGAGACGGUGGUGAUAGGCUUUCAAAGCUGUGAGCAAGCUGAGGAAUGGAGGAAGGUCAUUGAAGAAGUUAGUGGCUCACCUUGCUUUGAUAAGGAAGCAGACAGUUCUUGCUCAGUAAGUCUGGAGAAGCUUGAGGAGCCCUCCAAGGCAAGUCAUAAUUCUGCAGUGGAGACAGAAAUCCAGAAGAAGGGUUUCCUAAAUAUUCUUAUGAACUGUCAGUGGCAAAGCUUGUGGUGUAAUAUAGAAGAUGGCGUCUUGAAAAUGUACAAGGAUGAUACUUGUAGUGACAGUGCUCAGUACUCCAUCCAUCUCCAUGGCUGUGAGGUCAAACCAGGGCCUGACACAACACAGAGUUUCCGGGUCACAAUCUCACAGCAAAGUGUAAACAUGGCAGUUCUAGAGACAAGUUCGUCUGAAGACAGAGAUAACUGGCUGCACCUCCUGCUGGACAGGAGUUCCAUUCCAUCUGAAGAGUGCAAACAAUCUCCGCUCGACUCCUUUGCUCAGUGUGAUGCUGCCAAUCCACUAAGUGGCCUGCUGAGUCGCCGCUUUCCAGCCCCAAACAUGUACAUUGAUGAUCCUUUUCAGCAGCAAUCUGGAGCCAAGCAUACUGAGCCAGUUUACUCUAACACAGAUGUUUUGGAGCAAAUGAUUCUAAACUCGAAAAACAUGUCUCUGGCAGAGGCCUCACUUUCCAGAGUUUCCUGCACCUACAGUAACAAUGAAGUCUCUGUCAGCCACUCCACACAAAACAGAAAACCAGAUCUGAAGGUUGAAGACAGGGUUCACAAACUGGAUGCCCCCACCAGGACAAAAGCCAGGAUGAAAGCUGGCUCAGAAAUGAACCUGCUAACAGUGGGAAAAUCCAUAAAGCGCACUUCUUUUAGGCAAUCUCUGGCCUUCAGCAGUGACCCAGCAGGAUCAGAGGGAGGUUUUCUUACACCUCUGUUAAGGCGGACAGCAUCAGCAAAAAGCUGCCUUAAGCGAGCACCUUCUUCAUUUCUGAUUGAAAAGAGCAAAUGCUUUCAGAAGAAAAAGGAUUUGGAGACCAAGGCCUCGAUUUAGCUCUGUUUUUCCCCUUUGUUUGGAGCUGUAUGUCUUCGCCUGAUCUUUGCUACAGAACUAUAUAUUGCACUGAAUAUAUUAAUAAUAUGCAUGUGGAUCAUGCAUUUUUUAAGAUUUUGUACUUUU